AUGUCUGAAGGUCACUUUACACGCAGCCAAGUGUCAGCAAACCGCUGCUUGCGUCAGGGAGCAGACUCCGCCAGAGAUACUAUUCGCGACAUCUUCACAAAUGCUGCUCUUGCGAACGGAUCAUCAAAUGUGCAACAAACCGAAAUAGAUCUCUAUAGGAAGAUAGAGACCUACGACGCUACUCUGCCUGUAGUCUUAAAACCGAGCCUGAUGGACGUCGACUUCUUUGCUGAAACGGAGGUUGGAUGGGUACAUGCCGUGUUCCGUAUUGAGUACCGCGUUCUCAAGGGUGCCGGACCAAAAAAAAAGAGCCUCUACAAAUCACUUGAAAUUAUUUAG